GAACAUUUUCUUGAAGUUGCAGUCUUAACAAUGCAAAAUCCGAAUUGGUACAUGAAACCAACAAUUAUGAACGAUGAAAGAAGUUUGAUCAUUUGCUUUAUGGUAGUAGGUUACAUCGCAAUUUCAAAAGGUACAUUGAACAGUUCUCCAUGCAAGAAAACGUCGGAUUGGAGUAACCUCCUCAUCCGCUGUCCUACCAGUCACACGAUUUAUAUAACAAAGCAUGUUCUUGAGGAUGGUUUUUACAGCUUUCAAUACCCUGCCCUCGGAUGUAGCUCCAGUGAUGCUAUCUACUGUGGUGGCGACCUACCCAUAAACAACACCAUGAAUCUCAAGAACCACGACGUUUUUGAAUCAGCUGUGAACGCAUGCAAUGGACGAACUAAUUGUUCUUUAAACAAAAAUUAUUUUCUAAAUGCUGAAUCAUUCGUUAAGAGGUCAUGCAGUGCCUUAAGACUACCUGAGUUAGAAAAAGCGUCGUUUCGACAAAGCGUUUACUAUGAAUGUAACCAAGAUUCUUUAAUAAUAGACAUGUGUUUGACGACUAGCGAGAUCAAAAGUCAGUAUGGCCACUUGUAUCUAAAAACUUCCAGCGCCAGUUGUUCGUGUCGUAUCAGUGGUUCUGUUGCUCGUAUAAAGAUUUUACAAACAGCAUAUGUUACUGUGCUGAUACAAUCCAAUGAGAGCAACAUUUUUGAACAUCAAAAUGUUGACGUUGGUUUAUACGGAGUAGAUAUUCCAAUUCAAGCAGAGAACCUGGUCAUAAUGAUAAUGAAUGGAUCAAAUGCUAGCUUUGCUUUAUUAAAAGUUUUUGGGAAUUAUUUGACUUUAUGCAGUAAAUAUGAUAUACUGAGUACAACUUCCCCGCACAACAAGAACCUUUUAUCUACAAAAGAACAAGGUAGGGUAAGGGCAGUUAUUGACCCCUGCAUUUCAGUGAAAUUAACUGAAAAGGACUCAUAA